GAAUCCGCAAUUGCGUUAUGAAGAAAGAUUUUCUUAUUGUGAUGAAGUUAGAGAUGGAUUGUAUACUUGCAUGGAUAGGAUGUUGUCUUCUGAUGAUCGUCUUAAAGCAGACAUCCAAUUGGACUUAUAUAAUAAAGCUGAAGGAGAAUUUGGAACUCCAAUAGCAAAACGAACAAGAAUGUUGCGAACUCCGGUCUCGUGGUGGGAACGUUUUGGAAGUAAGACACCCGAGCUUACUACAUUUGCAAUUCGAGUGCUUGGUCUCACUUGUAGUGCUUCGGGAUGUGAAAGAAAUUGGAGCACUUUUGAAUCGAUUCAUACAAAAAAGAGAAAUAGGCUUGAACAUGCAAAGUUGAAUGCGUUGGUGUUUGUGAAAUAUAACUUCAAGCUUAGGGAGAGAAGUAUUAGGAGGAGAGACAAGAUUGAUCCCAUUGUAGUUGAUGAAAUUAAUUCAGAUGAUGAAUGGAUAACUGAGAAAGAAGGUCCAGUUCUCCCCGUAACUACUAAAUGGCUUGAAGAUGAUGAAUUAUUUGAAAGUGAUCCUAUUGUGAGUGUGCCAUCUGCUACCUUUGAAAGUCUUUUCGACUCAGAUAAGCGAGUCGAAGAUGUUGAGGAUAUAGUUGAAGUUCCUCCUACGAAUUCAAAAAAAAGAGUUGCUUAAAAUUCAAGUGGAAGCAAAGACAAACAAGCAAGGUUGAGUCUUGUUGAUGUGGAAGAUAAUCAUCUUGAUGCUGAAAAUUAUGGAGUAAUUCCAACUUUUGAUAGUGGAAAUUUUCCAACCAUAGACACUAUUGAUGAUGAUAGUGAUAUAGAGUUGGAUGAUACUGAUUAUUUUUAAGUUAUGUUGUUUUAAUUAUAAGACUUUUUAAAUUGUUGGUAUGAGAUAUUUUGACAUGUAAUGAAUUAUUAUGAUUAAUUUUAGGUUAUGUUAUUUUUAUUUUACUUAUAUAAGUAUAUUUUAUUUUUUAAAAUUUAAACAUUGACGUGCACGAAAAGCUUGCGCUAUACGCUACGCUAUUUACGCUACGCAAUGACAAGACAAAAACGCUAUGAACCAACGCUACGCGAUUUAAAACACUGGUUUAGAUACUUCCUCAUUGUUUGAAUAUUUUCAGUGGUUAAUUAGCUUAAAAGUUUAUGAACCUUGAAUAAUCUGUUAAAAUAAUUUUUAUUUGCGUGUUUUGAACUUAAUUUAGAAUUGUGAAUAGGAGUAGAAUAGGACAUUCGAUAUACAGUGUGUAUGAAAUUACUAUAUUGCAUUUAAAAUUUUUGUGAAUCAUUAGAUAAUAGAUUUACAUGGAAAUAUGUAAUGUAUCAUAAAAUUAUAUCAUUAAUUUAAAAUAAUGUCCCUUGGAUUG